GCAGCAUUGCUCUGCAGAGCGUCUGGAGCCAGUGUAUGCACAGAAACUGAUAAAUAGGGAAAAGGCCCAGUUUGCUCCAGCUGGACUCAGAGCUAGGAUCACUGCUACAGCCACACGGACUUGCUCUGGAACUACUGUCUCUUUCUUAAAAGUGUAGCACAUAGAAAAGUGAAUGAAACAGUGAAACUGGAAGCAGAACAUGGCAAAUACAUUUGUCACUGUGCCUGAUGGGUAUUGUCUUGCUGAGCCCAUACAGUAUUAUGAUGUUUUACCAGAGCACAUCAAUUAUCAGCUGCAAGACACUGAUUUUCAGACUGCACCUUACUGCCAAUACUCAACAGUUCAAAUUCCUUCUCCAGUAUUACAGUCACAACCGUCACAAUCCCAAUACAGUACAUAUACCCUGGACUCCCAAUACAACGAUGGGCAGUAUAUAAUCAGUAACUGUGAAUUAAGUAAGCCCCCUUUCAUGGCUUCCCACCUUGAUGAUAGUGGAUAUCAAGGACUUAAAAGGCCCAGAUUAAACCACUCUUCUUUGAGAUUGAAGGGACAGGAAGAACUUUGCGUUGUCUGCGGUGAUAAAGCCUCCGGGUAUCACUACAAUGCACUUACUUGUGAAGGUUGUAAAGGCUUCUUUCGACGCAGCAUAACCAAAAAUGCAGUGUAUCGAUGUAAGAACGGUGGUCAUUGUGAAAUGGACAUGUACAUGCGAAGGAAGUGUCAGGAAUGUCGCUUAAAGAAGUGUAAAGCUGUGGGAAUGCUAGCAGAAUGUUUGCUGACUGAAGUACAGUGUAAGUCAAAGCGACUCAGGAAGAAUUUCAAACAAAAGAGCAGUUUUCUUUGCAACAUAAAACUGGAAGAUGAGAAACUGAAUAGUAAGCAUGUAUCAUCUACAACAAGAUCUGGAAAAAUUCCAGAGAAGAUGGAACUUACUCCAGGGGAACAUCAACUUCUUGACCACAUUGUAGCAGCACACCAAAAAUAUAUGAUUCCCCUUGAGGAAGCAAAAAAGUUUCUGCAAGAAACUGCAAGUCCUGAGGAAAGUUUUCUCCGUCUCUCUGAGACGGCAGUUGUCCAUGUACAAGUGCUAGUGGAUUUCACAAAAAGACUCCCAGGAUUUGAAAGUUUAGCUAGUGAAGAUCAGAUUGCACUGCUAAAAGGGUCAACAGUUGAGGCAAUGUUUUUGCGUUCAGCCCAGAUAUAUAACCAAAGAAUCAGUGAGUGCCAAUCAUCAACAAGUGAAAGUCAUAUAAGGCUUCCUGAUCACGCGACAUGUUGUCAUGUUCAAAACCUUGAUAAAAACAUUUAUUCCAUUGAAAUAUCACACAACGAAGAGAGUCCAACUUCCACUACUACCACAGGUAUAACCGAGGAGUUUAUUACCGCACUGUUUUACUUCUACAGAAGCAUGGGGGAGCUGAAAGUUACUGAGACCGAAUACGCCCUGCUUGUAGCAACAACGGUGUUUUUUUCAGACCGCCCCCUCCUGAGGAACAAGCGGCACGUCGAGGAGCUGCAGGAGCCGCUCCUGGGCAUCCUCUACAAGUACUCCAAGAUCCAUCACCCUGAGGACCCCCAGCACUUCGCCCGCCUCAUCGGGCGUCUCACGGAGCUGCGCACCCUCAACCACACCCACGCGGAGGUGCUGGUGACGUGGAGGACAAAGGACCCCCGGCUGACCUCCCUGCUCUGCGAGGUCUGGGACCUGCAGUAGCACGCGCCGACCCCGCGCGACGCAGCGCUGCAAACGCCUCGCGCUUGCCUCAGCGUCGUUCCCGCCCCGCGCAGCCCGGCGCGCGCUGCUCCCGCCGCCUCCCGUCCCGCUUUGAGCGCGCGCCUUCGCCUCCCGCCUUUGUGUCCUCCCUCGGCGGCCGGCUGAGGGAGACCGGCUGGGGCGGCGGGGCGUCCGCCGUGAGGCGUCGGCUCUGAGACCUGCCCUCGCCUCCGAGGCCAUGGAAAAAGGAAAGCCGUUUAAAUUGUUCGUGCCGCCGCGCCUGAGCGGCGGUCAGGUGUCUGCAGUCAAACCCCAGACCAGCUCUCGGGCCGCGGGGCUGUGUCAGGUAAAGGGCGCUGCCGGGCGCCGUGCUGCUCUCCAGGCUGCGGCGGACGGGUUGGGGCUCGGCCCCGACGCGGGGUCCGUGGGCGGUGAGGCAGGAGGAGCGGUGCUCCCGGGGGGCUCCCAGGCAAAGCGCUAAGCCUUCGACGCACAAGCGUACGUAUGCCUGAAAGUGUCUGCGCCGAGAUCACUUUACUGGAAACUAGGGUGUUAACGUUUUCAAAUUAAUUUCGAAGACUUUUACUUUUUUUCCUGUCAAAAACGGAAAGAACCGUCUUCUCCAGCAUCUGCUAUGUGUUUUAACUCCACACCACCGAUGACAAAUAAAUGUACAUGUUUGAUGUGGUAAAUUCUGAACUGUAAGUGGCAAAUACACCACUCAUACCUUUACUUGCUUUGAAUUAUUGGUCCCACCAGAUCCAAGUGUGCAGUGAAAAUGAACUGUUGCUGUGCACUGUUAUGUGAAUUCUACAAGAUACCUUUUCAUGUUGAGGCUUCUUAUUAAAUACAUUUAGAUUCAGAUAUGAUGCUGACAGGAAAUGAGUUACAGUAUUUACAAGAUGAAUUUCUGUGACUUUCAAAACACCUUGUGAAGUCAAAUGUUCAUGCUAAAACUUAAUCUGAUGUGUUUUAGAAGUACUAUUGGCAAUAAAGC